AUGUGUUGGAAUUUCGACGAUGAUCUUGGUCUUAACGAUAAGGACGUUGAGCCGCUUACCAAACAGGAGCUCACCUACCUGGUGGUGGGCUACGUGGGAGCAGUGCUGGUGUUGGUGGUAAUGUACGAGGUGCUGAUGCCGGUCUUCAACAACCCCACAUACCCAUUCUACAAUCACGUACCAGACUACACCUUCCACCCGCCGCCCCGGCCCCUGCCCCCACAU